GGUGGAGGAGGAGGAGGAGGGAGAGGGUGGGGAGCUGGCUCUCUGGUCACCGGAGGUCAAGGUGGUGAAACUGGAAAAGGGCUCUCAAAGCCUGGGCUUCAGCAUUCUCGAUUAUCAGGAUCCCUUAGAUCUGACACGCACUGUGAUAGUGAUCCGCUCCUUGGUGGCUGGUGGAGUGGCUGAGAGCAGUGGAGGCCUUCUCCCAGGGGACCGGCUGGUCUUUGUGAAUGAUAAAUACCUGGAUGAUUGUAACCUGGCCCAAGCCGUGGAGGUUCUGAAGUCUGUGCCGCCUGGCGUGGUCUUCCUGGGGAUAUGCAAACCAUUAGUGCCUGAGAUGGAGGAAGUAGAGCAAGCAGACCUCACACACACAAGCCCCCAGAGGGAAGUGUCCAUAGAGAAAGAGCAAGCAGUCCACCCUGAUCUAGUCACUGCAGUGCUCCCAGCACCACAGGGAUUUGACGACGAAUCCUUUUUUCAAGAGGAGUUUGUGGACGAGCCAGAGGUAGCCCCCAGAAUUCCAUUCACAUUCCCCCAGACUCAAAACAGCAAUGAUAGCAGCUUGGAACUGCAGAAGAUGAAGCCACUGGAAAGGGAGAUGGUGGUGGAUGAAGAAUAUGAGGGAGAGAUGUCCGGGUUCGACUGUAUACAGAAAUACCUGCAGGAGGCAUGGGCCCAUGUGCAGCCGCUCCACAGCACCGAUGACUGGGAGGAAGAGCUGGUGGAUUCUUUUGACCCUCCUCCAACCUACAGCAGCUUUCACAGAGAGAAUGAAGAUGUAAGAGUCAUUUCUAAGCCCAGCCCUGAAUUUGGAUAUCGCAUGGAGAAUGACUCUGAGCACUCGGGGCUACUUGUGCAAAGUGCCGACCCUGAGGAGUGGCCAGGCACAGAGAGACAACUGGAGGAGGAGGAGGAGGAGGAAGAAGAAGGGGAGCCUGUUGAUGCUGUGGACGAGGAGCCUGCCCAGCCUCAGGCCUUACAGGCUAGACAUCUCACUAAGGACACCGUCACUGAGUUACCUGGUUUGCCUGUCAAGGAUGUGGACAAGCCCAGCCAGAGCCAGGUGGCGACUAUAGCAGCUCAUACUGCGGCGCAGAUCAAAACUCCAGCCAGUGAACUGCCUGAGAGAGAAGAAGGUGAAGGAGAGGAGACUCCAGCCUUUAGCCAUUGGGGACCUGCAAGAAGAGUGGAGGUCUGGCAUGAGCUCUCAGAGUCUCUUGGAAUCAGUAUUGUCGGGGGCAGGGCCGUGAUCAAAAGGCUGAAGAACGGGGAGGAGCUGAAGGGCAUCUUUAUCAAACAGGUCCUGGACGACAGUCCCGCUGGCAGGACCGGAGCACUCAAAACAGGAGACAAGAUACUCGAGGUUUCUGGAGUAGACUUACAGAAUGCAAGCCAUGGGGAUGCUGUGCAGGCCAUUAAAAACGGGGGGAAUCCUGUCAUCUUCGUGGUUCAGAGCUUGUCUUCUGCCCCCAGGACCCCUGCCUCAGGAGGAGCCCCUCCCCCAAUGAGACUCCCCCCUCCGUACAAAGAGCCAACUGUUCCUGCACUGCUGGGGCAGGAUGGGGCCAGCAACGGGGAUGAGCAUGACUCUGAGUGGGAGAAGAUCAGGCAGAGGUACGGGGAGCUGCCAGGGGAGCUUCACAUGAUUGAGCUGGAGAAGGACCAGCAUGGGCUGGGGCUGAGCCUGGCUGGGAACCGCGACCGCUCCCGAAUGAGUGUCUUUGUGGUGGGGGUGAACCCUGAGGGGCCAGCCGGGAGAGACAGCUGUCUCCACGUCGGGGAUGAGCUGCUCGAGAUAAACAAUCAGAUUCUGUAUGGGAGAAGCCACCAGCAUGCAUCCUCCAUCAUCAAGAGUGCUGCUCCCAAAGUCAAUCUCGUCUUUAUCAGGAAUAAAGAUGCUAUCAAUCAAAUGGCGGUGCCCCCCUUCCCAGGAUCCUCUGGUUCUCUCUCUUCAACAGAGUCUCCCAAGGCUCUUGUGCCUACCGAAAUCCUGGUAUCCCAAGCAACAGAGGAAUUCUCAGAGAACAGGAACAGCCCCAGUGAAGCUUUCAGUCAGGACCUGAACAGUGAAGAGGAUUCAGGGAGUGGCAUUCUGCUGAAAAACCUCAGUGAUGGAGAGGCAACAGCGAAGAAGGUCAAAUCAGCAGACAAAAGCAUGAUAGCGGAGAGUGAGAGUGCUGUGAUCCAACUCCCUGAGCAGGCUGCCAGCCUUCCAAAACCAUCAAAGAGCUCAGUUAAACUGACUCUGGACAGGAAUACAACGCCCCCCGCUGUGUCACAGCCUUCCUGCACUACACCUGAUCUGGAGUACUGUGGUCACAUGGAUCCAGCAACGUGCCCUAUUGUCCCAGGGCAGGAGACUGUUAUUGACAUUUCCAAGGGCUGUUCUGGACUGGGUCUCAGUAUUGUGGGUGGAAGAGACACACAGCUGGAUGCCAUUGUUAUCCAUGAGGUGUAUGAGGAGGGGGCUGCGGCUCGUGACGGCAGACUCUGGGCAGGAGACCAGAUCCUACAGGUGAAUGGUGUGGACCUGCGCAGUGCAACUCACGAGGAUGCCAUCUCAGCACUGCGGCAGACCCCACAGCAGGUGCGGCUCACAGUGUACCGGGAUGAGUCGCAGUACAAGGACGAGGAGAACCUGGACGUGUUCCUCCUGGAGCUGCACAAGAAGACAGGCCGGGGGCUAGGCCUCAGUAUCGUGGGCAAGCGCAAUGGGACAGGGGUGUUCAUCUCAGACGUGGUGAGGGGAGGUGCUGCUGACCUAGAUGGGAGGCUGAUGCAGGGAGAUCAGAUCCUCUCUGUCAAUGGGGAGGACAUGAGGACUGCUUCUCAGGAGACUGUUGCAGCAAUACUUAAGUGUGCGAAGGGCUUGGUCUCGCUGGAGCUGGGCAGACUGAAAGCUGCUUCGUGGAUUUCUUCAAGACGGACAUCUCAAGGGAGCCAGCUGAGCCAUGUGAGUGCUACCAGUAACCCCUCACAGUGUGGAUCAGCCCCCAGCAGCUCUCAGUCCCUCCCCAGUGCACAGCAAUCCUCUGCCGACGCUCCAGACAGGAACUCAGGACUUGACACUGGGCUGAGAACGGUGGAGAUAACACGGGGCCCCACAGAUGCUCUGGGGAUCAGUAUCGCGGGUGGGAAGGGCAGUCCACUAGGAGACAUUCCCAUCUUUAUCGCUAUGAUACAGGCCAGCGGAGUGGCUGCACGGACACACAGGCUUAAGGUGGGUGACCGGAUCGUCAGCAUAAACGGGCAGUCCCUGGAUGGCCUGACACACGGGGAGAUGGUUAAUCUGCUGAAGAACGCCUUCGGAAGCAUCACACUGCAGGUGAUAGCUGACACCAACAUCAGUGCCAUAGCCAGCCAGCUGGAGAGCAUGUCUGCUGGGUCUAACCUGAGCAGCACCCCUGACGUCCACACGGAGGAUCCAGAAACCUCUCAGCCCAAGAGGAUUGCCCUGGAGAAGGGCUCAGAAGGUCUGGGCUUCAGCAUCGUGGGAGGAUAUGGGAGUCCCCAUGGAGACCUGCCCAUAUAUGUCAAGACUGUCUUUGGCAAGGGGGCAGCGGCAGUUGACGGGAAAUUGAAGCGAGGAGAUCAGAUUCUGUCUGUGAAUGGAGAGAGUUUGGAAGGAGUCACCCACGAGCAGGCAGUCGCCAUCCUAAAAAGACAGAAGGGAUCAGUGACUCUGAUGGUCUUAUCCUAACCAACCCCACCUCUGCAACUACCAUAACCCUAACUCUAACCCUAACCCUCUGCCACUACCAUAGAUGGUACAGUUAUAAUGGAAUUUGGAAUCCAUUUAGUUUAGAGAUACACAGGCUUUCCUCAAUGUGCAGACUCGUAUUACAACAAGCAUUGUUCUGGGUGUUUCUCUGUUUUCACUACACUAGUGUCCAUCACAGACUUCACUACUGCUUUAAAGCAUGCGUUAAGCUGCAUAAACAUGUAAUGCUAUUUUUAGUCAAAAUUCAACCCCUAUUUUAGUAUCUUGAUUUAAAUACACAAAUUGCUAUUCAUUGCAAUGGUACACAUUUUCUGAAUGGGAAACGAGUCAGUGCUCUGGAAAGGGGUGUAAAAACGUACAUUAUUUACUGGAUUUUAAGGUUUUACUGAAAUGUAGUAUGUCAUUUGUAGAUACUCCCUUACACCCCCCCCCUUGAUACCCCUCUUGUUACACCCAUAGCAACCGGACUGAUUCAUUAACACUAGUACUGCUCCUGGGCGCAGAAGAAAGGAAUAUCCACUAGAAACUGUCGUCAGGGAUUCAGAUGAUUUAAGGGCAUUUGUCCAGCACUCCCAACUUUCACCUCCCGAACUCAACACCUCUCCAACAUCAACCAGCCAUGACCCUAACCCAACCCUAACCUUACUCAACUUCAAUCCUAACCCUGACCCAAUCCCUAACCCUAACCCUAACCCUAACCCCCUUUAGAAUCACCUGAUGCCCUGCGGACAGUUUCUAGUGGAUAAUCAUCCUUUGUGCUGCCUCCCGGGCCCAGUAAAAAAUAUUUCUGCAAAUAGAAAUGGAUUCCAAAAUCCCAUGUGAGGAACAACAUUGAAUUGUUUAACCUAUGCUGAUAAGAAUUGCCCACCUUUUUAAAUGGGAUCUGUUAAAAAUACAGCUAUUCUGAUUGGGUGAUCAUUGGUGUCAAUGUAUUUAAAAGGUGAUUUAAAAAUCUUGAAAGUAUGACUGAGCUGACAUUGAACUUGCUGGAGCUUCCAUGAGGUACUUUACAAAUGGCAUUCCUAAACGUACAAUACAAACUGUCAUUACCAAGAGGCUGGCGUGUUUGUCACUGUGAAAUAAUGGGUGCAACGCUUACUGGCGUACAAACAUUUCUUUACAGUAAUUAUAGCUAACAAAAUAAGUCCACAAAAUGUCUCCACUGUGCACAUCUAUUCAUUUCAUAGGUCUCAGAUGUGCAGUUUGGAAAGAAAUACAUGUUAAAGCAAACCCUUUCACUGUCUUCUUUCCUGUCAAUAACCAAUCAGUACUUCCCCUAUUAACUGAAAUGCUUUCAGAAACUGCUGAGGUGAAAUGAGCCAGGGAGUACAAGCGUAAAUAGAUAACUGCAGAAAAAGACGCAGAAAUGUUAAUCUAAAGUAGUACCAGAUACCAUGUUUAGAAAUGUACAUACAAGUGUGCUUUAGCAUAUGUUUAUUUUACAGCUGCACAUUUAAGACGUGUGCUGAAUGGAAUGAAGAUUUCUGGAGUGAUUCUGUUAGUUACAAUUACUUUAAGUGUGCCCUGAUGGGUGAAAUGAGGAGUGGGAGGGGAUAGUACCAAGGAAGCAUUUAUAACCAGUAUUACAACUUUAGUGGUGAUUUUAUAAUUUAUUGUUUUAUUCUAAGACUGACAUUCCUAGUUUGCCAAGAAACUUUAAAACAGUUGUAUUUCUAGCUGACAUCUUUAUCUAGUGUUUUGCCUCUACCCAGAUCAGCAGCUUGGCUCAGUCUUCGUAUUCGAAUAACAGGGCUGAUGGCUCUUAGAUUUUUAGCUGAUACUGGACCAGUGGCCCUUGGCAGCUCUUCUGUUGAAGGGAAGUCUUGCUGUAUCAGUGGGGUAGACAUUCAAGAAAUGGAUGAGACCCCUCAGUCCUUUUUAAAUAAUUCAAAGUGAAAUUUAAGACUGAAUAUUAAUUGUUUUUGAGGUUUCUUGAGAAAGUUUACACUAGAUUGGCUAAGAAUACAAUACUUUUAAAGCAUAUUGCCUCUAUUCCACAUAAUCACUGGGAAAGUGGUAGAAAAAUCUGUCAUUUUAGUUCCUUCAUGUUAUGAUAUUAUGUGUUUGUAAAAUGAACAUUGCACAAAUAGAUAAUUUAAUCAGCUGUUUGUAGUCUUUACAAUUAAUCAACACAAACAAGUACAACCUACAAGAUCAGUUCAGAUACUUCUAUGUAAAACUAAAUUCAAAUUACACAUAUGCAAAAUAUUCUAAAUCUCAUUGUAUUGAAUGACAUGCAGUGAUCUAUUUCUGUUUGUUUGUGCACUUGAUUAGCAUUUCAGUAAGUGUAAAAAAUUUAUGCCAGAGAGCUGCUGAAAAAUGUACUAUCUGUUAAAAAGUGCAGUUGUAGAAAAUCCAUAUCAGAGUGUGUUGCUUCACAUUUCCACAUACGUAUUGUGGAUUACAAAUAGUAUUUAUCUUCCUUAAGUGACUUUUCCGAAAUGUUCUUUACUUACUUUAACUGUGGACUACGUAAUUCCAGCUCUCAAUCAGAAACAACUGCAAAACAUUGACAAGUCAAAUGGGGCUGUAAUUGCAUCAGCAGUGAUUGGUAUAGUGUAUUAAUGACCUGGAACACAAGAGUAAAUAGCAAAACUCAUGCAAUGGUGUUUAAAGAGAAUAUUGCACUGUUUCAGAUGAAUUGCCCAUCUUGGCUGGGGACCCACAGGGAGCUUUGGCCUUUGCUUACCUGUUGGUUAGGGAGGAGAAUUGACUGGGUUUGGACCGCCAAUAGUGAGCCCUGCUGUUAGAUGCCAGGCCAGGCCAGGCCAGGUGAACUCUCCACCCCAGGUGCAUUGCUUAGGUUCAGUGGUUAAAAAGAUCUCUCUCUAUGUGAGUUUCAGGGGUCUGGUUACAAUCAAACUGAGCAUUUCAAAUCCUGUAUUUAACUAAUCAUUAUGAUUGAUACUGUUUACACAAGCCACCCCUCCCUAGCAGGUAAUAAUAAAAAUACCACAUAAAAUGUGAAUUAGCACACUGAUGAAGGCAGUAGCCAAAACGUUUUGUCUAGAGGUUUUACCUUUUGAUUUGAGCGCUUUAUUUAUGGAUACAUUGUGGAGAAAACGUGAGUAGAGAAUUACAGCAGCCACAGUAAAUAGUGUUGUCACAGUGUGUUCUCUACAAUACGGCAUUACAUCUGGACCAGAGGCUCUAGUCUCAACAUGUUUUACACUGUAUUAAAAUUAAACAUGUGUAACUGAACUAGGUCAUUGGUUUUCUACUGCUGGGUUGUGGCUGAAUCUCAAUAUCUGUAUUGAGCCAGCGUGGGGGGUUUCUGCCAGGCUGACAGAGAGGGCACUGCAGCUGCAGAUACCGUCCAUACUACUAAACCAGGAGCAGGCAUGACUGGACAGAGCUCUGGAAGACCUCAACCAUGCUGUACUGCCAUGGUGUUACACUGAUAACCAGUCAUGCUGUACUCACAUGGUGUUACACUGAUAACCAGUCAUGCUGUACUCACAUGGUGUUACACUGAUAACCAGUCAUGCUUAACUCACAUGGUGUUACACUGAUAACCAGUUAUGCUGUACUCACAUGGUGUUACACUGAACCAAUCAUGUUCUACUCACAUGGUGUUACACUGAUAACCAGUCAUGCUCUACUCACAUGGUGUUACACUGAUAACCAGUCAUGCUGUACUACCAUGGUGUUACACUGAACCAAUCAUGCUCUACUCACAUGGUGUUACACUGAAUCAGUCAUGCUGUACUCACAUGGUGUUACACUGAACCAGUCAUGCUCUACUCACAUGGUGUUACACUGAACCAGUCAUGCUCUACUCACAUGGUGUUACACUGAACCAGUCAUGAUGUACUGCCAUGGUGUUAAACUGAUAAUCAGGCAUGCUGUACUCACAUGGUGUUACACUGAACCAAUCAUGCUCUACUCACAUGGUGUAACACUGAACCAGUCAUGAUGUACUGCCAUGGUGUUAAACUGAUAAUCAGGCAUGCUGUACUACCAUGGUGUUACACUGUUCUUUAUAGCGCAGGAGGAGGGCUUUGUAAGGGUUUUAGUAUUUUGUUUAAAAAAUAAAACAUGUCAUUGUAAUCUGCUGCAUCUGGGCAUCUGAGUAUUUAAUUGUAGAUCCGAAUGCCUCGUUCAGUCUUGCAUCUGGAAUCCAAGAGUGCUGAAAGAAUAAUUUCCAGAUUUUUUAAAUAUUCAUAAUUAUUAUUAUUAUUAUUAUUAUUAUUAUUAUUAUU